AUUGCUGAGAGGUUUUCCCCUUUUUACUCAUGGGCCUCUCUCUUUAUCUCUCUUUCUCUGUCUGGACCUAAACUGAGCACUUCAUUUCAGCAGUUUUGUUUUUCAGUGAAGUCUGUAAGUUAGCGCCCUGCAAAUGACCUUUUGCAAGAGCCCGAUGCAUAAGCUGUUAGUCACUAUUCAGGAGACGAGCAUAGAGCACUAGCAGUUGUGAUCAGCAACACUAUAAUUAUAUGAUCAGUACAAACGAUUCACCGUUAAUCGAUGACUUGGCUUAUUUGCAUAGGGGUCAGAUAGUAAUCAAGGGCUUACACUGUAGGAAGUACACAACGGGUUGAAUGGAGAUUCCCAGCACAUGGUCCAUCCUGAACACCUUUCCCAGUGUACCUCUUCCACCCCACUGUUCCUCUUCCAUUCUCAGCUAUCCCCUCAUUCCAGAGUGAGUUGAGAUGAUCCGUAUUCACAACCCCCACCAUUUGCCCUACUUUUGUCAGGCAGAAACAUUCCUGCGGGAAGGUACUCUAUGUGACACCGUCCUCAUGGUGGAUGGUCACGUUUUCAAAGCUCAUGCCUUGGUGCUAGCCUGGGUCAGCAAGAACCUUGAGCGGCAGCUAACCAGUCAAAAUCCAGGCACAGGCUAUCACUGUAGUGUUAAUAAUGUUUCUCCCCACACGCUUAAGCAAAUCCUGGACUAUGUGUACAGUAAAUGGGUGGACAUCCCUGAAGGGGAUCUUCCAGAGCUUCUGAGGGGAGCUCAGCAUCUGGAGAUUCAGUCACUUGUGGAGCAGUGUCAGAUAGUGGAGGUGGAGAUCCUAGAAAGGGUUAAAGAUACAGAGCUAAGGCUGUCCCCCAAUGUUGAUAUAGGGCAUUGUGAUUCAGAGGCAUGCAAGAAAAUCCCCUCUUCUGAUGAGGCAUCCCCCAUCAGUUCUUCUUUAGAUUCGCCACCUGUGACACACUCUGACCAUGAAAGGUCACAGCGUGUCUCUAGUCCAUCACCUCCCCCACCACAGAAGCCCCCCUUGUCCAUGGUCGUUCCACCUACUGCAACUUCCAGAGAGGUCACAGGCUCCAGUUUGUCCACAUCACAAGGCCCAUCCUCCACACUCCACUGGCCACCACUAAACCCUUCACGCCGGAUGGUCCUUAGUUAUAGAGACCUCAUGGCGGUCCACACCUUUCGGGCCUCCCAGCAUAUGGUUGCCUGUUCCUAUCCCACUCCCAUGUACCCCUUCUUUCACCGCUCCCUCCAGCCCCAGAUGCCUACCUCUCUGCUGAGCUACCCUGGCCUAGUACAUCCCUACCAUCUUCUCCGCCCCGGACCUCUGGCCUUGGAUAGUCCAACAGGGCAAGGCCUCAAGGGGAAGAACGAUUCCAUCAGUGCAGCGCUGGCAGGAGCAGCACAGGACAGAGAAAGGAAGCCAAAAGUGCAGUCAGAAAGGGAGAUGCUUUGUAGACACUGCAGCAAGCCAGCUGUAGAAAACUCAUGGAGGCAGGCAUCCAGGACGGCACCUUCAGGUUCAGAGGAGACGUAUCAUGGGUGUAAGUUCUGUAAGAGAGGUAUUCGGGAGAAGCGAUCGCUGCGGUCACUCAGAAGGGGUCUCGGGGGUGAGAAACCCUACCAGUGCAAACACUGCAGCAAGAGAUUCAGCCUGAAACACCAACUGGAUACACAUCUCAGAGUACACACAGGUGAGAAGCCUUUUGAGUGCAGGCUGUGUGGUCAGCGAUCGCGUGACUACUCAGCCAUGAUCAAACACCUGCGUACACAUGGUGGGGCCACACCCUACCAGUGCACCUUGUGCUUGGAGUUCUGCAGCAGCUUGGCCACCAUGCAGAAGCACUUGAAGGGCCACCCCACCCAGGAUUUUCCCCCAAACUGGAGCCUGAGCAGCACCUACCUCUACACCUGCCACACUUAA